AUGAUUGAUAUCCGGCCACCUUAUUAUAAUUUACUAUUCCAGGGCCGUAGCACCAACAGCUACAAGUCCUACGAUGAGGAACGCUUGAGUUGGAGUGCUGAACACGUCUCGCGAGAGCAGCGACGAAAGGCUAUGCGUAUCAAAAGGCCUCGAAAAUCAACGAUUUUCCUCCUCCUUUUGGACGUCAUGCUUAUCUGGCUACUUAUCCAUGACUUGGAGCCUCUCAUCACUCUUUUACGAAGGAACGAGGAGCUCUUCAAGCCACAAGUCACUCUCUCUGACCUGGAAGACACUUGGCCCGAAAUGAAUACAUCAAGCCAUAUUCCGCGAAUACUCCAUCAAACUGCUGCUACGAACACAAUUCCAGACAAAUGGGUUAAAUCACAGGCAAGCUGCAAGGAGGCUUAUGGGGAUUUUGAGUACAAGCUUUGGACUGACGAAUCGACUCGCGCUUUUCUCUCCGUCCAUUAUCCCUGGUUUGUGGAUAUUUGGGACAACUACGCCUUCCCCAUCCAGCGUGCCGACUCUCUUCGCUAUUUCGUCUUAUAUCACUACGGCGGAAUCUAUCUCGAUAUGGAUACUUGGUGCAAUAAAAGUAUUCCAAUUGACAAGCUCGAACGCGAUGUGGUUACUGAAUACGCUCUCUUCAAGUCCACGCUACCGACAGGCGUCACAAAUGACUUCAUGAUAACAUCCGCCAACCAUCCUGUCUAUGCAGCCGCUAUCGCCAAGCUACCUAGUUAUAAUUCUAUCACUCGGGCCUGGGCUCGAUGGCAGCCAUACUGUGCUAUUAUGAUCUCUGCUGGACCGAUGUUCUUGACUAUGGUUGCUAAGGUCUACUUGCUUAAGCAGGCUUCUCUACCUUCGCCGACGCUAGGAGUCGUCAAUCAAACUGAAUUAACUCCCUACAUUACCGAUUUGGAGAGUAGCAGUUGGCACAGAGCGGACGCGAAGGUCUUGAUGUGGCUUGGAUCUCGACCGUGGACUUGGUUCAGCGUGGGAGCGAUUGGGGUUUCCGUUGUUUUGUAUAUCUUGAAUCGUAUGUUGAUGAUGGCUUUUGAGUAUCUGCUGUGCAAGGUUCCCCGUGGCAUUGGGAAUCUGAAGCGGGCGAAGGGUUCAUGGAAGACGAAACUCUAG